GUGUUUGUGGGUGGUGGACAGGGUUUGUCCGACGGACACUGAGUCCACGCCUUCUUCACCUUCGUCUUCCUCACCGCUUUGCGUUCUCAUCCGCUCCACACAGGCGCACGAAAAACCGUCAACUUGUAAGGAUUUUCUAUGGCGACGGUCCCUCCGUAUACGCACUUUGCCACUCUUCUUCUGCUGCUUCAUUUCCUGGCUGCAUCCCCCGUCACUCAAGAUGACCUGGUAAUCAAUACAAGUCAUGGGAAAGUUCGAGGGAAGUUGCUUCCAGUGCUCGGUGGUAAUGUCCGAGCAUUUCUUGGGAUUCCUUAUGGAAAACCACCGCUGGGAAAACUGCGAUUCAAAGCUCCGAUGCCAGUAGAGCGAUGGGAAGUGGUGAAAGACGCUAUCGCAUUCCCGAAUUCUUGCUACCAGCUGCUGGAUACAGCCUUUCCAGGGUUUAAAGGUGCAGAGAUGUGGAACCCCAACACUCCUCUGAAUGAGGACUGUCUGUACCUAAAUGUCUGGUCCCCACAUGUCAAUAAAACCCAGCCUCAGCCCCCACCGCCGGCUCCUGUCCUCGUCUGGAUCUACGGAGGCGGGUUUGUUCAAGGAACGUCCUCUCUGGACCUUUAUGACGGCCGCUUCCUCGCUAAAUCUGAGGGUGUUGUUGUGGUGUCAAUGAAUUACAGACUUGGAGCUUUUGGUUUCCUUUCUCUUCCUGACAACAACAACAUCCGCGGCAACGCAGGUCUGCUGGACCAGCGCUUAGCCCUCCAGUGGGUGGCCAAUAAUAUUGCUGCUUUUGGAGGUGACCCUUCAAAGGUGACUCUGUUUGGAGAGAGUGCUGGGUCAGCAUCUGUGGGCUUUCACCUGCUGUCCCCAGGGAGCCAUGCCCUUUUUCAGAGGGCCGUGAUGGAGAGUGCCUCUCCCAAUGCACCCUGGGCCACAAUUAGCCAGACUGAGUCCUGGAACAGGGCCUUGAUGCUGGCAAAGUCACUGGGGUGUCCCACGGCCAAAUCAGCUGAACUGGAAACUUGUCUGCAGAAGGCUAACGCUGGGAAAAUCACUUCGCAGCAAUACGACGUCCUCGCACAGGAUUUGGUCUUAGGCCUGCCCUUUGUUCCUGUCGUUGAUAAGGACUUCCUACCAGAUAAACCUGAAGUGCUGCUGAGAACCGGUAAACUCCCAAAGAAAGAAGUGCUACUUGGUGUCAACAAAGACGAGGGAACAUACUUCCUACUUUAUGGAAUGCCUGGAUUCAACCUCACUGGUGAGAGUCUGAUCACCAGGAACGAGUUCCUGCAGGGAGUCACCAACACAAUGUCAGGCGCAAGUAAGGUUGUGAGAGAAGCCGCCAUUCUCCAGUACACUGAUUGGACGGACGAGAAUAACAGGAUGAAAAAUCGGGACCUACUGGGUAGUCUGGUUGGAGACCAGCUUUUCAAUUGUCCAGUGAUUGAGUUUGCUCAAAGGUACUCACAACAUGGUGGCAAGACCUACAUGUAUUUGUUUGACCACCAGUCGUCCGUCAACCCCUGGCCUGCGUGGAUGGGCGUGAUGCACGGCUACGAGAUUGAAUUUGUCUUUGGGAUGCCUCUGAAUGCGUCCCUGGGUUACACGAAGAACGAAGUGAACAUGACUAAGAAGAUUAUGAAACACUGGGCCAACUUUGCCCGAACAGGGGAACCAGGGAUUGAUGGAUCUAACUGGCCCACGUUCAACCCUCAGCAGCAGGGCUAUGUGACUCUGAACUACAGCCCUCCAGAACACAGGACAAUGAUGAAGCCUCAAGAGUGCCAGCUGUGGAAAAAAUUAAUACCUAGUCUACAGAGGGUCUCAGAUGAUCUCCAGUCUUGUGUACAUGCAAAUGGGAUUAUAGUCUGCUGUAAUUACAGAGUCCUUCUCAUUUUACUGGUAACUGCUUUACUGGUUUUCUAGAGGGAAGAGAACUCUCUUUCAUACAGUUUAGUGAAUAUCAAAAAUCCAUAAAAAAGAAUGCGCAAAACAUGGUCUCUGCUACUGUUUUAAAUCAUUUAUUUGAUUAGUGCAAUCAUUUAUUUGAUUUAUGACACAAUCAGGGAUGCUCUGCGCGGAUUUGUACGUUUUAUUGCACUGAUCAAUAAAGGCCAUGUAUUGAUCAUUUAGGAUCUGGAAA